AUGGGAGGUGGUAAAUCACAGAAAGGUGGUAAACAUGGUAUAAUAGGACGUACAUUAGCACAUGAUAUAUUAUAUAGACAACAAUCAAAAUUAAAUAAUAUAAUAAAGUAUAAAGAAAAUUCAGUAUAUGAAAGAAAUGAUAUAGAUGAAUAUAUAAUUGGGAAAUUAAAUAAUUUAGAAAAUUAUAUAACAGAUAGAAAAAUAUUAAGAGAAGUAAAGAAUACAAGUAUAACAACAGAAUUAUAUAAUAGUAUAUUUAAUGAAGAUAAUAAAUUUCCAUUAAUACCAAUACCACGUCGAAUAUAUAAUUUUACAACAAAUGAAAAAAUAAUAAUAACAAAAUUAAAUAAAGAACAAGAGAAAUUAAAAAAUCAAAAUAAAAAAUAUAUAAAAAGAAAAAAUAAAAAAAUUGUUGAUCAAUAUAUGCAUGGUCAAUUUGUUAAAUCAUUUCAAUAUAUUACACAUAAAUCUAAAUCAAAUAUAUUAAAUUCUAAAUAUAAUCAAUCUACUAUAAAUACUAAGCAAUCUACCUUAAAUACUAGGGAUCCAGUGGAUAAUGAGGAUAAUACCCAAAUUACCCUAAAUACUAGGGAUACUAGGGAUUUAGAGGAUAAUUUAGAUGAAAUUGAUACUUUUAGUGAUUCUACAAAUAGUAUUAAUUCAUCAGAUUCUCCGGAUCCCUUGGAUCCUAUGGAAUCUGUAGGUCCUAUGGAACCCUCUGAACCUUCUCAACCCUUAGAACCUCCGGAACUCCCAGAACCCUCUGAAUCUCCAGAACCCACCGAUACUAAAGAUGAAUAUUAUUAUAUAAAAAAAUAUAAUGAAUAUAUAAUGAAUGAGAGUAAGAAGAUAAGAAUAGAAGAAUUGAGUGUGGAGGAAUGGGAUCGUAUAGAGAUGUGUAAUUUUUAUAAAUGGCGUAGUAUAUUAAGUGAAGUAGAAUUGAGAGAAAAGAGUAUAAUGACACCAUAUGAGAAGAAUUUAGAUUUCUGGCGUCAACUUUGGCGUGUAAUUGAACGUAGUCAUCUCAUUCUAAUUAUACUUGAUUCUAGAGAUCCUUUAUUCUUUAGAGUUAAAGAUUUAGAAUUAUAUAUUAAACAAAUUAAUAAAUCUAAACAAGUUCGUUACGGUGCUUGCUCCAGCAGCUCCAAUAACCAGAAACCCCCGAAGGGGUAUAGUUAUACCCUUAGAUAUAGCCUUAGAUUUCCUUUUUUAGCCCCUCCGGGGGUACCUUUAAUUAUAUAUCCUCUAGUACCCUUAGCUAUAUCGUUCCUCAGUUAUAUACCUUUAGUAGUUUUUUAUUUCUCCCCUUACGGGGAAUCCUUAUUUCUAUUGGUAUUGAAUAAAGCAGAUUUUUUAACAGAAGAUUUAAGAACAAAAUGGGCUGAAUAUUUUACAUCACAAGGAAUUGAUUAUAUAUUUUUUUCAACAAUAUAUAAUUCAUAUACUAAUAAUAGUACUGACAGUAGUGAUAGUAGUAAAUCGGUGGAUUCUGUGGGCCCAGUGGGCCCAGUAGACCCGGUAGACUCGUAUAAGAAUAAAUUGGAUAAUAGAAUAUAUAAUGUAGAAUUAUUAUUACAAAAAAUAAAACAAUAUAAAAAUAAUUUUCAUAAUUCUUAUAAAGAGAUGGAUGAGAUGGAUAGAGAUAUGGAUCAGAUCGAUGUGACGGAUGAGAUAGGAGAUAUAAACAAUAGUGUUAAUAUGUUGGAAGAGAAAUAUGUAGUUGGAUUUGUUGGAUAUCCAAAUGUUGGUAAAAGUUCAUUAAUAAAUUGUUUAAUGGAAAGUACAAGAACAUUAGUAGGUAUACAACCUGGUAAAACUAAACAUAUACAAACAUUAAUACUUAAAAAUACAAAUAUUAUAUUAUGUGAUUGUCCAGGAUUAAUAUUUCCAAAAUUAGUAUCAACAAAAUAUCAUUUAUUAAUUAAUAAUAUUAUUUCUACAUCACAUUUCAAAGGUGAUAUGACAAUAGCAGUACAAUUAAUAUGUAAUUUAAUACCAUUACAAAUUUGUAAAAGAUAUGAUAUUGAUAUUAAUCAAUGUCUAAUAACUAUUAAAUUACCAAAAACUAAUAACAGUAGUACCACAGGAAAGGGAGCUAAUUCUAUGGGUACAGAGUGUACUACAGGAAAGGGAGCUAAUUCUAUGGGUAUGAAGUGUACUACUGAGGGAAGUGGUACUAAGGAUAGUAGUACUAAGGAUACUGAGGGAGUUAUUACUGAGGGAACUGGUGCCGUUGGACCAAGCACCGUUACGGAGGAAGAAAAAAGAAUAUUAUAUAGUAUAAAAGUAUUAGAAGAAAUAUGUAAAAAUAGAAAUUAUAUAUCAGGAGGUAAAGGAGGACAAUUAGAUUAUACAAGAGCAUGUAAACUUAUUAUUAAUGAUUACACACAAGGUUUAUUAUUAUAUUGUAAAUAUCCUCCAAACAAUACUAAUAGUAGUACUGUUAGUAAUAAUACUGUUAAUAGUAGUAAUAGUAGUAAUACCAGUAGUUCCCUUUCACUUGGUAAUACUGUUAAUAGUAGUACGGGUACGGUUAGUGGUGAGAUGGAUGGUAUGAUUGAUGAAUUGGAUAUGAAAUUGAAAAUUGGUAAAACAAUAUUAGAAUUAAAACAAGAUGAAGAUAAUGUUAAUAAAUGGUUAAAACAACAAAUUCAUAAGGUAUUCCAUUACGGUGCUUUCCCCAAAGGGGCUUUCUAUACAAGCACCGUAACGAAAUUCCCUAAUACUUAA